AUGCAAAAGGCUCUGGAUAUAGCCAUUAAGGAUAUGUUGCCAAAUGCAGAACAAAGAAUGUGUGCAAGACAUAUAGGUGGUCCAAGGUCUACUUUUAAAUACCUCAGCUGUUGUGAUAGUGUUGAUAACAACAUGGCUGAGAGUUUUAAUUCCUGGAUUGUGGGGCCAAGGCACAAGACCAUUAUUACAAUGCUUGAGGAAAUUAGAGUCAAAAUGAUGAGAAGGGUAGGACAACUAAGAGAGUUUUCUGAGACAUGGAUAACAAACAUCAGCCCAAUGGCUUUGAAGGUAUUGCAAGAGAACACAUCAAAGUCAAUGAAGUGUACUCUUGAAUGGAAUGGUGAAUAUGGCUUUGAAGUCAAGGACAACUGGGGUAAUAAAUUCAUAGUAAAUCUGAACAGCAAUACUUGCACUUGUAGAUCUUGGAUGUUGAAAGGUAUUCCCUGCUGUCAUGCCAUAGUUGCACUUCAUUUUAGAAAAUUAGAACCUAUUGACUAUGUUGCACAUUGGUACACUAAGGACACUUACCUCAAAACAUACAACUCAUUCAUUCAACCUGUUACUAAUGUGGCGAUGUGGCCAAAGUCAACCAAUUCUUCUAUUCUCCCACCUGAGAUUAAAAAGCUGUCAGGUAGGCCAAGGAAGUGUAGAAGCAAGGAGCAGACAAAAAACAAGACAAAGAAGCUGUCAAAAAGAGGUGUUGAAAUGACCUGCAGCUUGUGCCAUGCAAAGGGUCACAAUAAGAAGGGUUGUCCUAUGAAUCCACAAUCUGUGAGAGGCAAAGGAAGGGCAAGGGGGAGAGGGAGAAGUACCAGUUCAACAAGGUCAAGUGUUGGUUCUUCUACAGUACCAAGUAAUUCCCAACCAAGUAGAGGAAGGGGAAGACCAAGAGGUUCUGCCAAACAGUUACUGGAAUAG